AUGGCAAACAUCAUUCAAAUAAAUAAACACAGCAGGGUCCCCUCUUGCUCUCAAAAGCAACCCAAUAAUAUUCUUGAACCACCUAAUCAAUCAGAAUAGUACUCAUUCUCUUUUUUCAUAGGUACAGUGCCAUUUCCUUUCUCUAUUCCCCAUGCAUUCCUCAAACAAAACAAAUAUACAUUUAACUUAUUUUAUACUGACACCAUUGCCUUUGUUUGUUCGGGGUAGUUACAAUUGUCCCUCUCCAUCUCCCUCUUCAAGUUCCAAUGGAGAUUUUCAAAUGCUUCUUCUACUUUAAUCUUCUCACUACUUUCAUGUUAUCAGCAGUUUUAGCCAUAGACCCUUAUUCAGAGGCACUCCUGAGUCUCAAAUCUGAACUUGUAGAUGAUGAUAAUAGUUUGCAUGACUGGGUAGUGCCCUCUGGAGGGAACUUAACUGGAAAAUCCUAUGCAUGUUCUUGGUCUGGAAUCAAGUGUAACAAAGACUCAACAAUUGUAACUUCCAUAGACCUGUCCAUGAAGAAACUUGGUGGUGAAUUAUCAGGGAAGCAAUUUGCCAUCUUCACAAAGCUUGUUGAUCUUAACCUGAGCCACAAUUUCUUCUCUGGAAAGCUGCCAGCAGAAAUUUUUAACCUCACCAGCCUAAAGAGCUUGGAUAUCAGCAGGAAUAAUUUUUCAGGUACCUUCCCUGGAGGAAUUCACAGCCUCCAAGAUUUGGCUGUGCUUGAUGCCUUCAGCAACAGCUUUUCAGGGUCUCUUCCUGCAGAAUUUUCACAGCUAGAACAGCUUAAAGUUCUUAAUCUUGCUGGGAGUUACUUCAGAGGAUCAAUUCCAUCUGAAUAUGGUUCUUUCAGAAGCCUUGAGUUUCUCCAUCUUGCAGGAAAUUCUCUCACAGGAAGCAUACCUCCGGAACUGGGUAACCUCAAAACAGUGACCCACAUGGAGAUUGGCUACAACUUAUACCAGGGUUUCAUUCCACCCCAGCUAGGUAAUAUGAGCCAGCUUCAGUAUCUUGACAUGGCAGGUGCAAAUCUUUCUGGUCCAAUACCAAAGGAGCUCUCCAAUCUCACCAGUUUGCAAUCACUUUUUCUGUUCAGAAACCAGCUCACUGGAUCAAUACCAAGUGAGUUAAGCAAAAUCAAACCUCUCACAGAUUUAGAUCUCUCUGAUAACUUCCUUUCAGGAUCCAUUCCUGAAAGCUUCUCAGAGCUGAAGAACCUGAGACUGCUUAGUGUCAUGUACAAUGACAUGAGUGGCUCUGUUCCUGAAGGCAUUGCAGAACUCCCAUCCUUGGAAACUCUUCUCAUUUGGACCAAUCGCUUCUCUGGUUCGCUCCCACGGAGCCUAGGCAGGAAUUCCAAGCUCAAAUGGGUGGAUGUCUCCACAAACAAUUUCAUUGGCAGCAUACCAGAAGACAUUUGUGUGAGUGGAGUACUAUCUAAGCUGAUCCUGUUUUCAAACAAAUUCACAGGUGGUCUUUCAUCAAUCUCCAACUGUUCUUCCCUUGUUCGUCUUCGUCUAGAAAAUAAUUCUUUCUCAGGAGAGAUCCGUUUAAAAUUCAGCCAUCUUCCUGAUAUCUCAUACAUCGAUCUGUCCAGAAACAAUUUUGUUGGUGGGAUUCCCUCAGAUAUUUCUCAAGCAACUCAACUGGAGUAUCUCAAUGUGUCUUAUAAUCUGCAAUUAGGAGGCACCAUCCCAUCACAAAUGUUGUCUUUGCCCCUGCUUCAAAAUUUGUCAGCAUCUUCUUGUGGUAUUAAAGGCGAUCUUCCGCCAUUUGCGUCCUGCAAAUCAAUUUCAGUCAUUGAUCUUGAUAGGAACAACUUAUCCGGAAUCAUCCCAAACAGUGUUUCCAAAUGUCAAGCUCUUGAAAAAAUCAAUUUAUCAGACAAUGAUCUGAUAGGUCAAAUUCCUGAGGAGCUAGCCAGUAUCCCUGUUAUUGGUGUAGUAGACUUAUCUAACAAUAAGUUCAGUGGCAACAUACCUGCAAAGUUUGGUAGUUCUUCAAAUUUGCAACUCCUCAAUGUGUCUUUCAACAAUAUCUCCGGUUCAAUACCCACAGGGAAGUCAUUCAAAUUAAUGAGUAGCAGUGCAUUUGAAGGAAAUUCAGAGCUAUGUGGAGCACCUCUAAAGCCAUGUCCUGAUUCAGUUGGAAUAUUGGGCAGCAAGGGCACACGGAAGCUUACACGUAUUCUGCUACUCACUGCGGGGUUGAUAAUAAUCUUUCUAGGAAUGGCUUUUGGAGUGCUUUAUUUCAGAAAGGCAGUUAAAAGUCAAUGGCAGAUGGUUUCAUUUGUUGGACUACCUCAAUUCACAGCAAAUGAUGUUUUGACAAGCUUGAUUGCCACAAAACAAACAGAAGUCCCAUCACCAUCACCUGCAGUUACAAAGGCAGUUCUUCCUACGGGUAUAACAGUUUUAGUCCAGAAGAUUGAAUGGGAAAAAAGGAGCAUUAAGGUGGUGUCACAAUUUAUAAUGCAACUAGGAAAUGCAAGGCACAAGAAUUUAAUCAGACUGUUGGGUUUUUGCCACAACCAGAAUCUAGUUUAUCUCUUGUAUGAUUACUUGCCCAAUGGGAAUUUGGCUGAGAAUAUUGGAAUGAAAUGGGAUUGGGCAGCAAAAUUCAGAACAGUGGUUGGAAUUGCAAGAGGACUUUGCUUCCUUCACCAUGAAUGUUACCCAGCCAUUCCCCAUGGAGACUUGAAGUCCAGCAACAUUGUAUUCGAUGAAAAUAUGGAACCCCAUUUGGCAGAAUUUGGGCUCAAACAUGUGUUGAACUUGAGCAAAGGCUUAUCUACAACCACAACUAAGCAGGAAACAGAAUACAAUGAAGCAAUGAAAGAGCAACUCUGCAUGGAUGUCUACAAGUUUGGGGAGAUUGUUCUGGAAAUUUUAACUGGCGGAAGGUUGACAAGUGCAGCAGCUAGCUUACACAGCAAAUCAUGGGAAGUUCUCCUAAGAGAAGUUUGCAAUUAUAACGAAAUGAGUUCUGCCAGUUCAUUGCAAGAGAUUAAACUGGUUCUUGAGGUUGCUAUGCUCUGCACUAGAAGCAGGUCAACCGAUCGGCCAUCCAUAGAAGAAGCUCUGAAGCUUUUAUCAGGGUUAAAGCGCAUAGAAGAUUACAAAACUUCUAAAGAAGGGAAAUGAAAUUUUCAUUUGCAUCACACCAUUGAAGGCCCUUAGAAAAAUAUAAUAUUUGCUUAGCUAACAAGUUUGCACUUCUGUAAUUAAUUGAGUUUGUAGCUUGUAUAAUAGAUAUUUCCAUGGUUUCAGUGUGCCAUACAAUUAUGUCCUAGUCUCUCCAAAUCCACUUGGUAAAAUACUUGAAAUGGUAUUCAUUUGAUUUUAUAAUAUUAAUGAUUCACUCAA